AUGGCGAACAUCACAUUCGAUACGGAGUUGAUGGUCAACCAUAUCGCUGCCACGCCGGCGGCGGCAGGGUCUGUGUUCACCACGGUGCUUGAGCCCAUCACGCGGCGACCAGCCGUGAUUAGCUUGAGCAAUGAGAGUCCCCCGGUGCUUGAAUUGAUCAAGGAAGACGACGCCGGCAACCGCAACUUGGUGGACCUUGGAGGAAAGCUGAACCUGCCUUCUGGGGCUGUCAUACAAGCCUUCGUGGCAGAACAGGAUGAGGUCUUGAAGAUCUAUCUCGCUCUCGCCGUCAAGAAUGACAAGAGUUCCGACGUCUAUGUUUGUAAACCCUUUCUCCUCGACAAUCUGGACGGAAUUUCCUUGUAUCCGCAACAGACCAUGCCUACAGUGAACAAGCUCUUCAUGGUAAGUACCGCCCAUUCGUCAUCAGGACUGAGGCUGAAUCACAUCCAGGGCGCUGUGACCAAUCCUGGUUCUUUCCCCCUGCUGGUCGCAGACAUUCAACCGCCAGCAAGACAAAGCAGCAGGAGCAGCGACCUCAAAGCCAUCUGGGUCGACGGCGACACGACGCAGAUGCUGCAGACUUUCGAACUCCCCCAAAAUGCGGACAGGAUCAUAUCCGUUGCGGUCGCGUCGUAUGGCAUCCUCGGCAAAGGUCUUUGGGUUCUGUAUUCCACCCAGAACCAGGCGAAGCUGGUCUGUAACCUGGCCAGGCCCGGGACUGAUGGCACGGCCUUGCACUUUCAGCGUCUCGAACCGUCGUGCGACCCCAGAGCGACGGCUAUUGCCUCGUAUACCGACAAGAACCAACAGUCUGGUCUCCUCGUGGGAACGCCAAAGGGGCUGUACACCAUUUCUGCACAGGGCUGUAUUAAUUCGACAGACUUGCACACUCUUAUUGCUGAAGACAGCUUCUUUAAAGCACCGGCCAGCAUUUCCGUAGCGCAAGAUGGACCGAGUUUGACCGUCUGGGGUCUCAGCCGGGACGGGCAGCUGGGAUACUUGACGACUGAUUCGACAAGUGUCGAACGGGCACACCAGUCCGGAACGGUCCUGCUGGGAAAACAGUCGUCAGCGUCCUUUUCGGCGUCCAUUUCUCAGCGCAACCCCGGUGCCAAACUCAAUGCCAUUACUCAAACAGUCAUCUCGAAUGAUUCCCAGGGGAAUCUAACGCUACUGGCCCAGAGCCAGGAUACUGGGAUAUGGAGGUCCGAGCCGUUUGGGAUUGCCCACUACACCAAGACCAUCGAGGUUCAAAGCUACGCCGUGAGGGUGACAAUCAAGGACGAGAAGAAUCUUCCCAUCUCAAACGGCGAGGUGUGCGUUGUAGCGUCAUCCGACGCAACUGCAUAUGUCAAUGGCAGAACUUAUAACAUCACCUCGGACCUCGAGGGGACCUGGCUGCCCUUGGACUCUGCAGGCUUGCUCUCCAUGAUCGUGGCCACCAACAUGAUCUCUGGCCGCUCCUUCCGCGUCGUCCAGAUCACUGAUAAUCAGAAAAAGGAUGUGGAGAUGGCAGACCGGACCGUCAGGAUCGACCCGAGCUUGAAGGUGGUGCGGAAUCUGUGCUCCAAGCUCGGCGGUGACGCCGAUUUGAGUAGCCUGAAGACGCAAUCUGGCCAGAGCCUGUGGUCGGACGGCAACACACCAGGACAGGAAGAUUUGAAGACGGCACACGAAUGCUUCAAGAAGCUGAGCCAGGCGCACUCGGAUGUCUUGAAUCCUAGGUCGUCACGGCGAGUCGACGGCGGUGCAGCGCUAAAAGAUAUUGGUGACUGGACGAUGGAUGCGUUCCACCACGUCAAGGUCGCAUUAGACGAUGCGGUCGCCUGGGUGAUUGAGCAGGUCGAAGGAGUGUGGCGCUUCGUGUGCAAGAUAGCAGGUGAGAUGAAGAGGUUUGUGCUGGACACGAUUGAGAAGAUUGGUGAGGCUGCACAAUGGGUCUGGGAGAAGAUCAAACUGGGGUGGGAUAAAUUGCUCGAUUUCUUGGGACAUCUGUUCGGCGACGACAUCUACAACCUCCUUCUCGGCAGUGUCGACUGGAUAUCGGAUGGCAUUCACAAGGUGGAACCCAAGGUAGAAGGCUUCUUUGACAACUUGAAGGGGAUAGUCAAAGUUCCGACCUUGACCCAACCGGCGUCGACUAACAUGAGUCAGAGCGGCAAGAGCAGCUCCUCCGCCAAAGCAUCUGAUAGUCCCGCGUUCAACUACCUGACUGAUAGGAUGAAGAACGGCAACCCUGGCGCGGCAGCCGCGGCGUCAUCGCCAUCGACGAGCAAGCCCUCUGGAGCCGGCGAACCGUCCUUUGAAGAGAUCUUGAAGCCGCUCGGAGAAAGCCUGAUGAAGCUGGUGACCGACCUCGCCCACGACGUCUCCGACCUGUUCCACGGCAUGGGCGAUCUCUCUCCCAGCCAGCUAUUUGCGAAGCUGGGAAACGACCUCCUCGUCAACGUCAUCGACGUGGUCAAGUCCAUCGUCGUGGGUGUAUUGAAGUUCCUGCGCAAGUCCAUCGGCCUCUUCAAGGAUCUGGUGACGGGCAAGAUCAACGUGCCCAUCAUCUCGGCCCUGUACAAGCUCUGCACGGGCAACGACUUGAACUGGCUCAAGCUGGUAGCGUUCAUCCUGGGCUUCAUGACCUGUACCAUGUCGAGGAUCGUCACGGGCAAACCUCCCCCGAGGCUUCAGGACCCGGGUCAGAAAUUCCUCGACAAGAUGGUCGACGGGGGUGCGUCCGAGGUGGAGCAAAAAGGAAACGCCCUCUUCUUCUCCGGAGUCGGGAUGAGCAUCAGCGCAGUCAAGAUCGUCUACGACGCCAUCGCCGUGGCCAAGAGCGUUUCCAAGGUCGGAGCCGCCCAGACGGCCGUCACGAGCGUCAAGACCGAGGCUUUCGGCGUCGCCAUGGACAUUGCCACCAUCGUCUGCAUCUUCCCGACCGAUCCCCAGACGCCGGGGUACGAGAUCCGCAAGUGGAUCACGUACAUCAACGCAGCCAGCGUCGGCAUGGACCUGGCGUUGAUGUUGGGCAGCCAGGGCCCCAACCCGGCGGCAGAAAAGGGCGUCGCGAUCUUCAAGUUCGCCACCGACCUGGUCAGUGCGUGUCUGUACGGCAUCGUCUUCUCCAAAGAGCUCGACGCCGAGAAGAAGUCCUGGCCCGACAAGGACGACGACCUGACAAACUGUGCCAUUUGCGAGGACGUCUUUGGCACCGUCAAGAGCUGCGGCAAGCUCAUCUGUGCCGUGUCGGCCGAGUCGCCGCAGUCUGCCGCCGUUGGGCUCGCCGUCAUGGCAGCCGCGGGUCUUGGGUUGACGGUCAACAAGGGAUUCACCCUGAAUCGUACCGCCGAGGUGAAUCCAAAGUGCUAUCGCGGGGCUUUGUGUUGA